UGUUCACUGUCACACCGAGAGAGAGAGGGGGGACCGGAGAGAACGGACCAGGGAGACUCACAGAGGAUCGAGAGAUACUGGGUUUUUUUCUUCUUCUUGUGGAGGAAGAUAUCUGAACAGUGACAUCAUAUUUUACCGGAGGCGCAAAGUGGAGGCUGAAACGGGGCGCGACACCUUCUCUCUUUCCCACUUCCACUGUCCUCUUGUCUUCUGCGGGACCGGAGCCGUUCAGGGGCGGAGGGGGAGACACCGCACACAAAUGUGAGCGACGCGCACGGACACGACUCAGGUGCAGAGAAACCAAACUGGCGGCGCACUUAGGAUGCAGAAGUCACCUGUGGAAGAUGCGAACUUCGUCUCCAAAUUUUUCUUCUGGUGGAUGACACCGCUGCUGAGGAAGGGCUUCAGGAAGAAGUUGGAGCUGACCGAUGUGUACAAGGCUCCGUCGUUUGAUCUGGCGGACAACCUCUCUGAGAGACUCGAAAGAGAAUGGGACAGAGAGGUGGUGUCAGCCAAGAAGAAGCCCAAGCUGAUGCGAGCGCUGGCCCGCUGCUUCUUCGGCCCAUUCGCCUUCUUUGGUGUCCUCCUGUAUCUCGGGGAGGCGUCCAAGACGGUGCAGCCUCAGAUUUCGGGUCGAAUCAUCGCCUCCUUCGACCCGUUCCACGCUCCGGAGCGGAGCCAGGGUUACUACCUGGCCCUGGGCCUCUGCCUCCUCUUCGUCGCCCGCUUUCUCCUGCUGCAGCCCGCCCUGUUCGGCCUGCAUCACCUGGGCAUGCAGAUCCGCAUCGCCCUCUUCAGUCUCAUAUACAAGAAGACCCUGAAGUUAUCCAGCCGUGUCUUGGACAAGAUCAGCACCGGUCAGCUGGUCAGUCUGAUGUCCGCCCACCUCAACAAGCUGGAUGAGAGCCUGGGUCUGGCCCACUUCGUAUGGAUCACCCCCCUGCAGUGUAUACUGUGCACAGGUCUGAUAUGGGAACUGAUAGAGGUCAACGGCUUCUGCGCCCUGGCAUCUCUGACCCUGCUGGGCAUCAUCCAGGCCUGGCUCUCACAGAAGAUGGGACCUCACCGAGCGAAGCGAGCGGGGAUGAUCAGCCGCCGCCUGGCUCUCACCACGGAGAUUGUGGAGAACAUCCACUCUGUGAAGGCGUACGGCUGGGAGGAGGUGAUGGAGACCAUCAUCAAGAACAUCAGGCAGGACGAGAUGACGCUGACGAGGAAGAUCGGUUCUCUGCGUUACUUCUACAGCGCCUCGUACUUCUUCUCCGCCAUCGUGGUCAUCAUCUCGGCCAUCGUGCCUCACGCGCUCAGCAAAGGCAUCAUCCUGCGUCGGAUCUUCACCACGGCCUCCUACUGCAUCGUCCUGCGGAUGACGCUGACCCGCCAGCUGCCGGGAUCCAUCCAGAUGUGGUACGACACGCUGGCGCUGGUGGCGAAGAUCGAGGACUUCCUGUUGAAGGAGGAGUACAGAGUGCUGGAGUACAACCUCACCACCACUGAACUGGAGAUGGUCAACGUGUCUGCGUCCUGGGACGAGGGCAUUGGUCAGCUGUUUGAGAAGAUCAAGCAGGAGAGCAAAGCGAAUGGACACCCGAACGGAGACGCCGGCCUCUUCUUCACCAACCUCUACGUCACGCCCGUCCUCAGGAACAUCAGCCUGUACCUGGAGAAGGGCCAGAUGCUGGCGGUGGCUGGAUCCACCGGCUCAGGGAAGAGCUCCCUGCUCAUGAUGAUCCUUGGUGAGUUGGUGCCAUCCGAGGGUAAAAUCAGACACAGCGGUCGCAUCUCCUUCUCGCCGCAGACGUCUUGGAUCAUGCCGGGGACGAUCCGCGACAACAUCCUGUUCGGCCUGACGUACGACGAGUACCGAUACACCUCCGUCAUCAAGGCCUGUCAGCUGGAAGAGGACUUCGCCCUGCUGCCUGAGAAAGACAAGACACCACUCAUCGAAGGCGGGGUAACGCUCAGCGGCGGUCAACGGGCUCGCCUCUGCCUGGCCAGAGCUGUGUACAAAGAUGCCGACCUCUACCUGCUCGAUGCACCUUUCACCCACCUGGACAUCGUGACAGAGAAAGAGAUCUUUGAGAAGUGCAUCUGUAAACUUAUGGCCUCCAAGACUCGCAUUGUGGUCACCAGCAAGUUGGACCACCUGAAGCGAGCAGAUAAAAUCCUCCUGCUGCACAACGGCGACUGCUACUUCUACGGCACCUUCUCCGAACUGCAGGCCAAGCGCCCCGACUUCAGCAACCUCCUCCUUGGCCUCGAGGCGUACGACAACAUCAACGCGGAGCGACGCGGCUCCAUCCUCACGGAGACCCUGCGCAGGGUCUCCAUCGACGAAACCACCAGCUUCCGAGGGCCGGAGCCGUUUCGGCAGUCAUUUCGCCAGCCCCAACCUCCCGUCAUUGGAUCUCAAGGCCAUCCAGGGAGCGACGGCUACCCAGAAAAACGCAAACAGUCUCUCAUCCUUAAUCCCCUCGCGGCUGCCCGCAAGUUCUCCUUCAUCGGCAACUCCCAGCAGACUUCAAACACGUCCCAGUCCUCGACAAUAGAGGACGGGGUUCACGAACUCUCGGAGCGAAAGUUCUCCGUCGUACCCGAGGACGAGCAAGUGGAGGAGGUGCUCCCCAGGGGCAACCUUUACCACCACAGGCUGUCGCACCACAAUGGACAGAGGCGCCAGUCCGUCCUAGCCUUCAUCACCAAUGCUCAGGGCCAAGAGCGGAGGGAGCAGAUGCAGUCGUCCUUCAGGAGGAAGCUGUCCAUCACGCCGCAGUACGACCUGGCGUCUGAGCUGGACAUUUACGCCCGCCGCUUGUCCAGGGACAGCGUUUAUGACAUUAGUGAGGAAGUGGAUGAAGAGGACAUGGUGGAAUGCUUCGCAGAUGAACAUGAGAACGUCUUUGAAACUACCUCAUGGAGCACCUACCUACGCUACGUCACCACCAAUAGGAACCUAGUCUACGUCCUCAUUUUCAUCGUCAUUGUCUUUGCUAUUGAGGUUGCAGGUUCAGUCAUUGGGAUUUUCCUUAUUACUAAGGAGAUCUGGAGGGACGGCGCCAACCCGUCAUCGCCCAACUACAUCAGCGAGCAGCACCCCAACGCCUCGUCGCCCCCCGUCCACCUGGCGGUCAUCGUCACGCCGACCAGCGCUUACUACAUCAUCUACAUCUUCAUGGCUCAUUCGGACAGCAUCCUGGCCCUGGGGUUCUUCAGGGGUCUCCCAUUGGUGCACACGUUGCUCACCGUGUCCAAAAGGCUGCACGAGCAAAUGCUCAGCUCGGUGCUGCGAGCUCCGAUGGCCGUGCUGAACACCAUGAAGACAGGUCGGAUCAUGAACAGAUUCACCAAAGACAUGGCCAUCAUAGAUGACAUGCUCCCUCUGGUGCUGUUUGACCUCGUACAGCUGACGUUGAUCGUCAUCGGUGUCAUCUUCACUGUGUCCAUCAUGCGGCCGUACAUCUUCAUUGCUGCCAUCCCACUGGCCGUCAUCUUUGUGGUCCUCAGGAAGUACUUCUUACGAACUGGGCAGCAACUCAAACAACUGGAGGCUGAAGCUCGAAGCCCCAUCUUCUCCCACCUCAUCAUGUCGCUGAAGGGUUUAUGGACAAUUCGGGCGUUCGGGCGUCAGACCUAUUUCGAAACGCUCUUCCACAAGGCGCUGAACACUCACACCGCCGCCUGGUUCCACUACCUGUCGGCGCUGCGAUGGUUCCUCUUCCGCUGCGACAUGAUCUUCGUCCUGUUCUUCACCGCUGCCGCCUUCAUCGCCGUGGGAAGCAACCAGGACAAACCAGGGGAGAUUGGCAUCAUUGUGGCCCUGGCCAUGCUCAUCCUGGGGGUUUUCCAAUGGGCUAUCAUCACCAGCAUCACCGUAGACGGACUGAUGCGUUCAGUGGACCGUGUCUUCAAAUUCAUCGACCUGCCGUCGGAGGAGCCGCUGCCGGGGAAAUCUGGCGGCAAAGGAGGCAAUGACCUGGUCAUCGACAACCCCCACGCUCACGACUACUGGCCCAACCGAGGCCAGAUGGACGUCCAGGGCCUCACGGUCAAAUACACGGAGGCUGGACGCUCCGUCCUCAGCGACAUCUCCUUCUCUGUGGAGGGGGGGCAGAGUGUGGGUCUGCUGGGUCGGACGGGCUCAGGGAAGAGCACCCUGCUGUCCGCCCUGCUGCGCCUCGCCUCCACCGAUGGAGAAAUCUCUAUCGACGGCGUCUCCUGGAGCUCCGUGUCCCUGCAGACCUGGAGGAAGGCCUUCGGAGUGGUGCCUCAGAAAGUCUUUAUUCUGACUGGGACUUUCCGGAUGAACCUGGACCCACACGGACGUUACAGCGAUGAGGAGCUGUGGAGGGUGGCUGAGGAGGUGGGUCUGAAGUCGGUGAUCGAACAGUUUCCGGACAAGCUGGACUUUCAGCUGGUGGACGGAGGCAGCGUCUUGAGCAAUGGACACAAACAGCUGCUGUGUCUCGCACGCUCCAUCCUCAGCAAGGCCCGCAUCCUGCUGCUGGACGAACCCUCCGCCUACCUCGACCCCAUAACGUUGCAGGUCCUGAGGAAGACGCUGAAGCAGUCGUUCUUCAGCUGCACCGUCAUCCUAUCAGAGCACAGGGUGGAGCCGCUGCUCGACUGUCAGAGGUUCCUGAUGAUCGAGGGCAACUCCAUUAAAAGCUACGACUCCAUCCAGAGGCUCCUGAAUGAGACGAGUCAACUGAAACAGGCCAUGAGCACCACCGACCGGCUCCGCCUCUUCCCGACGCUCCACCGCCUCAACUCCAGCAAGAGGGCGGCGCCGCAGACCGCCAAGAUUUCAUCGCUGCUGGAGGAGGCUGAGGACGACGUCCAUGACACCCGCCUCUGAUCAGCCAGACGUACACACACACACACACCAACGUAGAUGGGUUUGAUGCAGAUGGCGUCGAGUCCAAUUGGCAAAUAGUGAUAAUUUUAUUUCCAAAAAUUACCUGAGAGGUAAAACUCUCCACUAGAACCAAACAAACUUCUGUUUUUCUGAAAAAUGUGCUGAAAAAAACACUUUGAAGUCAGGGUUCGGACAAAAUUGACUCAUUCCUACUUAGUUUUUAAUCAAAACCGAUAAUUAGGACUAAUACAUACAACUCUUCACAUACAAAUAUAACGUGAACGUAACAAACUGCUGUCACAGAAUGACGUUUAAUUUAUUGACAGAAUUUUACACUAAUACACAAGUGGUAGAGUGGUUUUGCACACAUGUAAUAAAAUGUUAUGUCUUAUAGUUUGAAUGCUAACAAGUCUUUUUAUACAGAGUCAAAACUUCAUAUUACAAGUGUGAAAAACUUAAGAGCAACACAAAAGUUAACAGUAAAAGCAGUUUCAUGUAGGUGAAUCAGUGUUUAAAAGUUGGGUAAAUUUUUUCCAAGUUGUAUCUGUUGCUUCCCUCUGAAACUGGAAACCAUUUUGUCUCCUUUAACAUCGUUUUAUUUUUCGAGUGUUGCUCCUUUCAUACUGAACAAUAGUUUUGUUUUAGCAGUGAUGCAGAAAAAAUUAAGGUACCAUGGAGAAAUGCCUUGAUGUGUUAACUGUGACAUCAGAUGUUUCUUUUUCUGUUUUUUUUUUUGUUUGUUUGUUUUUUUAAACAGUGUAAAUUAAGGGCAAAGCUGUUUCUUACACAUAGGAAAAGGACGCGUGUCCAAAAACUAUAUAUGUAUAUGUAUUUGUUCAAUCAACUAUAUUUCCAGUAAAACUUAAGAUUUUGAGAA